AUGUCCACUGACGCCCUCCUUGCCUCCCAUUCUGAGAUUGAGCGCGCGCUCGCCCAAGAUGCCGCCCUCCUCGACUACCUGUCGGACGAUCUCGCCAGCCACCACGCAGUGUCUGCUCCUGGCUCGCCUACGCCCGUUGCCUACGACUGGACGUCGUUUGACAGCGCCCCUGCCUCGCCGGCGCACCCGACGAGCCACGUUGAAGCCUCGCCGCAAGCCAAGAAGGCCCCUGUGGCGGUUGCCAGCAUGCUGCUCGAGCGUCGCGGCCUGUCCCUUGACGGCGCCACCAACCUGCGCAUGUUUGUUGGCCACCAGAACGCGUGCCUGCAGGCCUCCGCCUCGGUGAGCGCCUCGUGCAACCCCAGCCCCACCCCGAUGAUGGACGAUCUGUUUAGCGGUGAGAUGGUUGCAGCCCUGUCUGCGUACAACACGCCGUCCGCCACGCCUCGCCACAGCCCUCUGCACUUCCGCGAGUCUGCCGAUGGCAACGCCUUUGACGUUGUGCCCCGCUCGCUGUCUGCGCACACCUCGUCCGCCUCCAGCGACAGCGACGACGACAUGAUCUCGGCCACCAUGGCCUCGCACAGCUCGAUCGACUUCCCGACCCUGUUCAUCUCGGACACGCCCUCCGUUGGUGGUGCCGCCCACGCCAAUGCCGUCCUCCGCCCCUCGGCCCUGACCCUGUCCCCCGACUCGCGUCCCGCGUCCCCGCUGCCCGCCGACCAUGCCGUCGACACUGCCCUUUCUGCGCUCUUGCACUCGCGUCUCAACAACUACGAUCUCGUGGUCAAGAUGGACGCCGAGGACGACGACGACGAGCUUGUCGGCGUCUUUGACGACGAGCAGGCUGGCUUUGCCCUGCCCAUCCUCAACCCCGCCGUGUCUGCCGCCACCGCAGCCGCUCUCCGCGCUGCCGCUGCCUCUGCCCCCUGCUCGCCCUUCUACGACAGCGGUGACGCCGAAGAUGACGAGGAAGAUGAGGCCGAUGACGAGAUUGACGUUGAGACGGUCGACGAGUAUGUGCCCAAGCGUCCGCUGCGCAAGUCGGCCGCCAACUCGUUUGUUGCCACCCAGCGUCGUCUGCAACGUGGCUCGGCUUCGCUCCCCGUGUCCCCCGCGUCCUCCCCCGCCCGCCGUAGCAUCAAGCGCAAGGCCGACGAUGACAUGUACAUGCCGACUGGCUCGCGCGUCUCUGUCCGUCUCCAAGCCGCCGCGUCGCUCCCCAGCUCGCGAUCUGCCUCGCCCCUCCCCUUCCCAAGCUCCGCGUCCUAUGCGUCCACUUCGGCCUGGGCCGCCAAGCGCUCGUGCACUGACGUCUCUGUGCUCCUCGCGGCCACUGCCGCUGUGACUGCCGCUGCUUCUGGCGACCCGCUGCCCAGCGAGCUCAUGAAUGCUCUUGGUGUCAACCCUGACUCUGGCAAGCCCAUUACGGCUGUGGCGGUGGCUGCCGCUGCCAUCACGGCUGCUGUUGGCGGACCGGUGUCCGAGUUUGACAUGAAGCGAAACAUUCACAACGUGCUUGAGCGAAAGCGCCGCAACGACCUCAAGGACUCGUUCACUGAGCUCCGUGAGGUCAUUCCCGAGAUGGCCGAGGACGAGCGCACUCCCAAGGCCAAGCUGCUCAAAGAACAACACGCUCUCGAAGAGCGUCUUCGACAACUGCGAUCGCGCAAGUCCCGCGCGUAA